UCUUUUUGUUGGAUUUCUUUAUUUUCAUAUCCAUUUUCUUCUUCCCAUUAUUUACAAGCAGUAAUUGUGCAGGAUGAUUUGGGGCGUAAUACUUCUGUGACAGGUCUUCCUUCUCGUCCAUCUAGUCGUAAUGCAUUUGAUGAAAAUGAUAUCAUAGGUUCUGCUGAAGCAGAUAUGGCCCAUGUACGCCGUGAGUCUGCAGCCACUGAUGCUUUAAGAUCAGGAUCAAAUGUUCAAGGAUCAUCUGCCGCCCAAAAUAUUGGCCAGUCAGCUUCUUAUUCUUAUGCUGCUGCUCUAGGAUCUUCCUUGUCGAGAAGCACUACUCCUGAUCCACAACUUGUUGCUAGGGCUCCCAGUCCCUGCAUCACACCCAUUGGUGGUGGCAGAGCCAUUGCUUCUGACAAAAGAGGUAUUGCCAGUACAGAUGCAUUUAAUGGUGUUUCAUCUGGCAUCAACGAGUCAGCAGAUCUUGUGGCUGCAUUGUCAGGGAUGAACUUGUCAGCAGAUGAUGUGUUAGAUGGUGAAAACCAUUUGCCAUCACAGGUUGAAUCGGAUGUUGAUAAUCACCAAAGAUAUCUUUUUGGUAGGCAAGGUGGUCAAGAUCAUGGUAAACAACAUGCUUAUUUAAAGAAGUCUGAAUCAGCGCACAUGCAAAAUUCAGGUAAGAUUAGGAGUGGGUCAGAUCUCAACAAUCCAUCCUUUGAUCGGCAGGCUGAGCUACAAAAGUCUGCUGUUUCUUCCAAUAACUCAUAUUUCAAAGGAUCGCCUACCUCCCAUUUUAGUAGAGGAGGUAGUUCGCCGCCUCAGUACCAGCCUUUAGAUGGUACAAAUUCAUCAUUUACUAACUAUGGUCUGAGUGGGUAUGCCGGAAAUCCGGCAUUGGCAUCCUUGAUGACUAACCAACUUGGCAGCGGUAAUCUACCGCCCUUGUUUGAAAAUGUUGCUGCAGCAUCAGCAAUGGGGGCCCCUGGAAUGGACUCAAGAAUUAUUGGAGGUGGUUUGGCAUCUGGAGGUGCUGCUUCAUCUGAUGUGCAUAAUCUUGGUAGGAUGGGAAAUCAAAUUCCUGGCAGUGCUCUCCAGGCCUCUUUUGUUGAUCCAAUGUAUCUUCAAUACCUGAGGACAUCUGAAUAUGCUGCAGCACAACUUGGUGCUCUUAAUGACCCCUCUGUGGACAGGAACUACUUGGGGAAUUCAUACAUGAAUAUACUUGAGCUUCAGAAAGCUUAUCUAGGGUCUAUUCUCUCUCCUCAGAAAUCCCAAUACAAUGUAUCACUGGGUGGAAAAUCAGGCAGCUCCACUCCUCAGGGUUAUUAUGGAAAUCCUGCAUAUGGUGUUGGGUUGUCUUAUCCAGGAAGUCCAAUGGCAAACUCUGUUUUAUCCACUUCUCCAGUUGGGUCUGGAAGUCCUGUUAGGCACAAUGAACUAAAUAUGCGUUUUGCUUCGGGAAUGAGGAAUUUAGCUGGGGUCAUGGGACCUUGGCAUGUAGAUAAUGGGAACAUUGAUGAAAGUUUUGCUUCUUCUCUGUUGGAAGAGUUUAAAAGCAAUAAAACUAAGUGUUUUGAGCUCUCUGAAAUUGCUGGUCAUGUUGUUGAGUUCAGUGCGGAUCAAUAUGGGAGCCGAUUUAUUCAGCAAAAGCUUGAAACAGCUACUACAGAAGAAAAAAACAUGGUUUAUCAGGAAAUCAUGCCACAUGCGCUUGCUUUGAUGACUGAUGUCUUUGGUAAUUAUGUGGUUCAAAAGUUUUUUGAGCAUGGACUUGCAUCCCAAAGGAGAGAAUUAGCCAACAAACUUCUUGGCCAUGUUCUGACACUUAGCCUUCAAAUGUAUGGUUGCCGGGUCAUCCAGAAGGCCAUCGAAGUUGUUGAUUUGGAUCAGAAGAUAGAGAUGGUUCAAGAGCUUGAUGGUAAUGUAAUGCGCUGUGUACGUGAUCAGAAUGGUAAUCAUGUCAUUCAGAAGUGUAUUGAAUGUGUCACUGAAGAUGCAAUACACUUUAUUGUGUCAACAUUUUUCGAUCAAGUUGUGACACUCUCAACCCAUCCAUAUGGUUGUCGGGUGAUACAGAGGGUAUUGGAGCACUGCAAAGAUCCUAUAACUCAGCAGAAAGUUAUGGAUGAGAUUUUAGGAGCAGUUAGCAUGUUAGCUCAAGAUCAGUAUGGCAACUACGUUGUUCAGGUUUAUAUUUUUCUCUGAUGGGUUUGUUUCUUAUUGUCUAGUAGUGGAAGUAUGUUUUUAUGGUUCUAAUGUUUUGUUUGGUUUGAACAUGAUAUGCAUUC